AGAGGAAAAGAUAGAGAGAGAGGCAGAGAAGAAGAGGAGAAGAGGGAGGAAGAGAGAAAGAAGUGGGUGUUAUGGGCCUCAAAAUGGAAGGUGCCCCAGGUGCCGGGUGCCGUCGCCGCAGCUGCCGCCAAACUGUCUUCUUGCUAUUUUUUUCUCUCCCCUUCGUCGACGUUCUCUUUCUCGAGGGACAUCAUCCAUCCUGUUUUGCCCUUCAAAUCAGAGUUUACCGCCGGCACGCUCUUUCUUACGCAUGAGUGCGUAACGGAUUUUCUCGUUUCGAGUCGAUUGACCUGCCCGCGUAGGAUUCACGUGGCAAGAUGUAAGCAACCCCAUUGCCAUCGCGAAACCAACCUGCAGUCUACUAACCUGAGGGGGGAAAAAAGGUCGAAUAUAGUGAAAGACCCCCAGAUCCGAAGCGCAUCUUUGCACAACCCUCUACCAUUGCAGCUACACGCCUAUGUGUGGCCCUUCAUCAUCGCCUGGCCCGUCUUCUUCUCCAUUUAUCUGCCACAGGAUCUAUAUGAUAUUUAUAUCCAAGGACAAGAAUGGACUUUUGUAUACUCCGGGUCUAUAAUCACAGUGCAGUCACUGCUUUGGCUGAUGACCAAAUGGAGUGUCGACUUCGAUGCUUUAUUCACGGCCAAACGAGCCAAAACGGUAGACCGCGCUGAACUGAUCAAGGUUAUCCCAGUCGAGAAUGCGGGCUCUGCCGAGAUUUGCAAACUGCAGCAGGAUGACAAAGGUGGAAAGAAAACAAUUUCGUUUUUGUUCCAGAAGCGACGAUUCCUUUACUAUCCCGAAACCCAGACCUUUGCGCCACUGGCAUAUGUCCUGGAUGCCGAACCUAAGCCAGCCAUCAAGACCUUCCUGCAAACCCGGGGAUUGACAAGCAAAGCCGAAGUCGAGCGCAUUCAACAUCAUUACGGCGACAACAGAUUCGAUAUCCCAGUGCCGACUUUUGUUGAAUUGUUUCAGGAACAUGCAGUCGCACCGUUUUUCGUUUUCCAAAUCUUCUGUGUCGGUCUAUGGAUGCUGGAUGAAUACUGGUACUAUUCUCUUUUUACCCUUUUCAUGCUCAUUGUUUUUGAGAGCACGGUUGUCUGGCAGCGUCAAAGGACCUUGAACGAGUUUCGUGGGAUGAGCAUCAAGCCUUAUGAUGUUUGGGUUUUCAGGGAGAACAAGUGGCUGGAAAUCACUAGUGACAAGCUGCUCCCUGGAGAUCUUGUUUCAGUCAACCGGACCAAAGACGAUGGCGGCGUGGCCUGCGAUAUUCUACUUAUUGAGGGCAGUGCCAUUGUCAACGAGGCCAUGCUGUCUGGAGAGAGCACGCCGUUAUUGAAGGAUUCGGUUCAACUUCGGCCGGGCGAGGACUUGAUUGAACCCGAGGGACUUGACAAGAAUUCUUUCGUUCAUGGAGGCACCAAAGUUCUCCAGAUCACUCAUCCUAAUCUGGGUGACCAGUCUGAAACAGCUGCUGCAGCCCAUGCUGGUGUCCCCGCCCCUCCUGACAAUGGUGCCCUCGGUUAUGUGGUCAAGACUGGAUUUGAAACUAGUCAAGGUAGUCUCGUACGAACUAUGAUCUACUCUACUGAGCGUGUAUCUGCAAACAACGCCGAAGCUCUCCUAUUCAUCUUGUUCCUCCUCAUUUUCGCCAUUGCUGCUGCCUGGUAUGUCUGGCAGGAAGGUGUCUCGAAAGACCGAAAGCGAUCAAAACUCAUGCUUGACUGUGUUUUGAUUAUCACCAGUGUGGUCCCUCCCGAGCUGCCUAUGGAACUUAGCUUGGCUGUGAACACUAGUCUUGCUGCAAUGAGCAAAUUCGCCGUCUUCUGUACUGAACCCUUCCGUAUUCCCUUUGCGGGACGGGUUGACAUUGCAUGCUUUGAUAAAACCGGAACUCUUACUGGAGAAGACCUUGUAGUUGACGGCAUUGCAGGCCUAGGUCUUGGCCAGCAAGGCGCCAAGGUUGAUGCGGACGGGGCACACGUUGAGUUAGCCAAGGUGUCUGAAGUUGGCACCGAUACGACGCUGGUGCUUGCUACGGCGCAUGCUCUUGUCAAACUGGACGAGGGCGAUGUUGUUGGCGACCCAAUGGAAAAAGCUACUCUCACUUCUCUCGGCUGGACUCUCGGCAAAAACGAUACUCUUACUAACAAGGCCACUGCCACUAAUGCAAAUUCUCGAGGCUUGGAAGCAGUUCAAAUCAAGAGGCGAUUCCAAUUUUCAUCCUCAUUGAAGCGACAGAGUUCGAUUGCCCAUGUUAUAACGAAUGAUCGGUCAUCGGGCAAGAAACACAAAGCCACAUUCGUUGGUGUCAAGGGAGCCCCGGAAACAAUUCGCAACAUGCUUAUCAACGCACCGCCGAACUACGAGGAGACUUUCAAGUACUUUACCCGGAAUGGAGCCCGUGUUCUGGCCCUGGCUUACAAGUUUUUGUCUACCGACGCGGAUCUUGGACAAGGCCGCAUCAAUAACUACACUCGUGAGGAAAUUGAGUCUAAACUUCAUUUCGCCGGAUUUCUCGUUCUACAGUGCCCUCUCAAGGACGAUGCUAUCAAAGCCGUUCGCAUGCUGAAUGAGAGCAGUCACCGUGUUGUUAUGAUCACUGGUGAUAAUCCUCUGACUGCUGUUCAUGUCGCCCGUCAAGUGGAAAUUGUUGAUCGGGAAGCGUUGAUUCUUGACGCACCCGAGAACGACACCACCGGAGAAAAAUUAGUUUGGCGAAGCGUGGACGAUAAGUUCAACUUGGAGGUAGACCCGUCGCAGCCACUUGACCGCAAUAUCUUGCAGACCAAGGAUAUCUGUGUCACUGGUUAUGCAUUGGCAAAGUUCACGGAUAAAAAGGCGUUCACUGACAUCCUUCGCCACGCUUGGGUGUACGCACGAGUCUCUCCGAAACAAAAGGAGGACAUUCUCAUUGGACUAAAAGCUGCCGGAUACACAACUCUCAUGUGUGGUGACGGUACUAAUGAUGUCGGCGCUCUUAAGCAGGCCCACAUUGGUGUUGCACUUUUGAAUGGAAGCCCGGAGGAUCUUACGAAAAUCGCGGAUCAUUUCCGCAUCACGAAGAUGAAAGAGAUCUACGAAAAGCAGGUCCAAAUGAUGGCACGUUUCAACCAACCGCCUCCUCCGGUUCCUGUGCAUAUCGCUCAUGUGUAUCCUCCCGGCCCAACCAACCCACACUACCAGAAGGCUAUGGAACGUGAAGCACAGAAGAAAGGUUUAGCAAUUGCACAAGACGCCGCCAACGGGGCCGCAACAGCGGUAACACAAGCUCCUCAACCGUCAAAUCAAAACCUCACUCCUCAGCAAAAACGGCAGCAGCAGGCCCAGGCAACUGCUGCUGGUAUUGCCGAUAAAUUGACUUCGUCGAUGAUGGAAGCCGAAAUGGAUGACGAGCCCCCGACCAUUAAGCUUGGUGAUGCAUCAGUCGCUGCCCCGUUCACCAGUAAACUGGCGAAUGUCAUUGCUAUUCCUAAUAUUAUACGUCAAGGUCGUUGUACCCUUGUUGCCACGAUCCAGAUGUACAAGAUUCUUGCGUUGAAUUGCUUGAUCAGUGCCUACAGCCUUAGUGUCAUUUACCUGGACGGUAUCAAAUUCGGAGAUGGUCAAGUUACUAUUAGCGGAGUGCUGAUGAGUGUCUGUUUUCUGUCAAUUUCUCGCGCCAAGUCUGUCGAGGGCUUGUCCAAGGAACGACCCCAGCCAAAUAUUUUCAACAUUUACAUCAUCGGCUCCAUUCUUGGCCAAUUCGCUAUCCAUAUUGCUACACUGAUCUACAUUUCCAACUAUGUUUCUAAGACUGACCCACGCCCGGACGAUGUGGACCUAGAAGGUGAAUUCGAACCAUCUUUGCUGAAUAGCGCCAUCUAUCUUCUCCAGUUAAUCCAGCAAAUCUCAACCUUCUCCAUCAAUUACCAGGGACGCCCUUUCCGCGAGUCAAUUCGAGAAAACAAGGCGAUGUACUGGGGUCUAGUCGGCGCCUCCGCGGUUGCUUUCUCGUGUGCGACGGAAUUUAUCCCUGAACUCAACGAAAAGCUGCGCAUGGUGCCUUUUACCAACGAGUUUAAAAUCACUUUGACCGUGCUCAUGAUUUUGGACUAUAGCGGCUGCUGGCUUAUUGAGAAUGUACUGAAACACUUCUUCAGCGACUUCCGUCCGAAGGAUAUCGCUGAGCGCCGCCCCGACCAACUGGAGAGGGAGAACCAACGUAAGAAGGUGGAGGCUGCUGAGGCCAUUGUUGAGCAGGAGAAAGCAAGGAAGUCUGUGACCAUGGCAGACAAUCCGUCAUCGAGCGGCCUCUUGCUGGUCCCAUGGGUUUAUGACAGCCUCUUGACCAUCUUCCGAGUCUGCUUGAAUAUCUUUUUCCGUGAGGUGUAUGCGCCAGGAGCGUGGCGUAUCCCCAAGAAAGGACCGGUGAUCAUUGUAGCCGCGCCGCAUGCUAAUCAAUUUGUGGACUCGAUUCUUCUAAUGCGCAUUUUAAAGCGCUAUGCCGGGAGAAGAAUAUCGUUUCUGAUUGCCGAAAAAUCGAUGAAAGAGCCGUAUAUCGGAGCCAUGGCAUCACAAAUGGGGGCUCUCCCAGUCGUCCGUUCAAUGGACAAAGUCAAGCCUGGCGAGGGUCUUAUUUUCUUGCCUAAUCCUGAACGCGACCCGACCCUUGUCCGUGGGAAAGGGACUGAUUUUACGAAUCCAAUUUUCAUGGAAAGCGGCACACUAAUUCUGCCCAAAGUUGGCGACGAGGCCCCUGAGCAGCAAACCAUAGCCGAGAUUGUCGGCCCGCAAGAAAUUCGCCUAAAGAAGUCGUUUAAGAAAUUCGAUCGAGAUCAUCCCUUGUACGAAAGCAUCAGAACGGGCACUUCGUUCAAAGUAGCCCCUCAUAUAGAUCAGAGCCAGAUGUUUGACGCCGUCUACCGAGGUCUUGAGUCUGGAGGUUGCAUUGGGAUCUUCCCGGAGGGUGGAAGCCAUGACCGUCCUAGCCUGCUGCCACUGAAAGCUGGUGCUGCAAUCAUUGCCUUGGGGACUCUUGCCCGUUCACCGGAUUGUGGCCUUAGCAUUAUCCCCUGUGGGAUGAACUACUUUCACCCGAACAAGUUCCGCUCUCGUGCCGUAGUCGAAUUUGGCCCUCCAGUUGAGGUUCACCCGGAUCAGAUCGCCGCUUUCAAACUCGGUGGAAAUUCAAAACGCAAUGCUGUCGGGUCUCUCUUGGAGACGAUCCAAGAGGCUCUGGAUUCUGUCACCCAGCAAGCCCCGGACCGAGAAACGCUAAUGCUAAUCCAGAGUACCAGGAAGCUCUAUAAGCCAUUACGAAUGAAGCUCCCACUACCGGUAGCUAUCGAGCUGGGUCGCAGACUUUUAAAGGGAUACACCCAGUUCAAGCAUGAGCCGAAAGUUAUUCAAUUAUCCAAAGACGUACGAGCGUACAACCGUCAGCUCAAGGCCCUAGGCAUUCAAGAUCAUCAAGUGGAAUGGGGAAAUGUUCAACGCCGGCCGUGGUGGCUCGUGUUCUUGACGCUUUUAUAUCGUAUUGGAGAGCUUGUCACACUGGCUGUAGCGACAUUGCCCUCGGUGGCUUUGUUCUGGCCUGUUUUUGUCACGGCCCGGGCAAUAUCACAUUCAAAGCAACGGAAAGCACUUGCCAACUCCUCCGUCAAGAUGGAUGGCCGUGACGUUGUAGGAACCUGGAAAAUGCUCGUGGCAUUGGGAUUUGCACCUGCAUUGUAUACUUGGUAUACCUUCGUCGUCACUGCUUGGCUGUAUUAUUGCCGACAUGAUGGAUACUACGCAAGUGUUGUCCCAUGGUGGGUGAACGCUCGAUCCUAUAUACCAGACUAUGUGCCGUUUCGCUUGUUUACCGUAUUCUUCUUCGGCCUUAUGAUAUCGGUCAGCUUCGCGGGACUUCGCAUUGGCGAGAUCGGAAUGGACGUGCUGAAAUCUCUGCCACCACUUAUCGUUGCCCUGAACCCUAGCUCAUCGAGUGCACUGGUUAGGCUUCGCAACAAGCGGCGCGCCGUUGUCUCGCAAGUCAUCAACGUCAUCAAUACCUUCGGUCCGGAGAUAUUCCCUGAUUUCGAGCAUGAGAAAUUCGAUGACGAAGCUUCUUUGUCUAAUGGCGAAGCUGGCAUAGAUAUCGACUACGCAACAUACAAGUCACGGUUGAAGAGCAUGCCACCUAGUGAACCCCAGACCCCUAGCAGGAGUCGCAGCGCCAGUGCCAGACGGUCGUCUGAUGUUGCAUAUGGAAUCAGCAGUGGAACAUGGCUGAAACCGCUUACGUCAGGGCCUUCGAAAGAUGAGUUGGGUGAAAUCAAUCGUCGUAUUGGUGGCUACUCUAAUGAUGGGGUCAAUUGA